AUGCCGAAGGACCUCAAGCACUUCACGCCGCAGCCCAAGAGCUACAAGACGCCGCCCUACACCGUCGAGGUGCCUGGCGCUACCAAGGUCAAGGGCGAGACGAUUCCGCGGCGCAACAUCAAGACCAAGGACGGGCUCAAGCUGCGCCCGCGCGACGACAUCACCACUAUCUACGACAUCCUGAAGUACAGCUCCGCGACGUACGGCAACGCCAAGGCGGUCGGCUCGCGCAAUCUGAUUACUACGCACGAUGAAGUCAAGAAGGUCAAGAAGAUGGUCGAUGGGCAGGAGGUUGAGCAGGAUAAGAAGUGGACCUACUUCGAGCUCGGCCCGUACAACUACAUGAGCUUCGUCGAGUACGAGGCUCUUGCGCUGAAGGUCGGCGCUGGAUUCCGCAACCUGGGGUUGGAGAAGGGUGACAGGGUGCACAUCUUUGCCGGCACGAGGCGAGCCUAUAGCAAACACUGGCUUGCAACAGCGCAUGGCGCCAUCUCCCAGUCUCUACCCAUCGUGACAGCUUAUGACACGCUCGGCGAAGAGGGCCUGAAGCAUUCCCUCCAGCAGACCCACGCCAAAGCCAUCUUCCUGGACCCGCAUUUGCUGCUCAAGCUUGUGAAUCCGCUCAAGGAAGCCAAGGACAUCCGCCACGUCGUCUACAACAGCGAGGGCGACGUCAAGCAGGCCGACAUCGAGAAGCUCAAGAGCGCGCACGAGUACCUCACGAUCCAGAGCUUCGACGAGCUCGUCAAGUCGGGCGAGCAGAACCCCGUCGAUGCUGUGCCGCCUGAACCAGAAGACCUGUGCUGUAUCAUGUACACCUCUGGCUCCACUGGAACGCCCAAGGGCGUGCUGCUCAAGCACAGGAAUGUCAUCGCCGCAAUCGCCGGCGUCGACGUCAUCGUCGGCCCCUAUCUCGGACCAGGCGACGGCCUCCUAACCUACCUCCCCCUCGCGCACAUCCUGGAGUUCGUGUUUGAGAACUCCGUCCUCUACUGGGGCGGCACAAUGGGCUACGGCAACCCGAAGACGCUCUCGGACCAAUCCGUGCGCAACUGCAAAGGCGACAUCCGCGAGUUCAAGCCCACGGUGCUCGUCGGCGUGCCCGCCGUCUGGGAGUCCAUCAAGAAGGGCAUUGUGGCGAAGGUCAGCGCCGCAAGCCCCAUAGUUAAGAACAUGUUCUGGGGCGCGAUGAGCGCCAAGGGGUUCUUCUUGUCGAGCGGUAUUCCGGGUAGUGGGAUUCUGGAUACGGUCGUGUUUAAUAAGAUCAAAGAUGCUACGGGUGGACGGCUUAGGAUCUGCUUGAAUGGCGGUGGGCCGGUUUCCAAGGAGACGCAGCGGUUCAUCUCGCUGGCUAUUGCGCCUAUGAUCAGUGGAUACGGUCUUACGGAGACGUCAGCCAUGGGCGCCGUGAUGGACCCCCUAGCCUGGACCGACGACGCGCUAGGCGAGAUCACCGGCUCCGUAGAGAUCAAGCUCGUCGACUUCGAGGACGCGGGAUACUUUUCGACGAACAAGCCUCCCCAGGGCGAGAUCUGGAUCCGAGGCGGCUCGGUCACGGAGGGCUAUUUGGAUCUCGAGAAGGAGACUCGGGAGAGCUUCACGGAUGAUGGAUGGUUCAAGACUGGGGAUAUUGGCGAGUUUGACAGCAAGGGGCAGCUGAGGAUCAUUGAUCGGAAGAAGAAUCUGGUUAAGACGCUUAACGGAGAGUAUAUUGCGCUGGAGAAGCUCGAAUCCAUCUACCGCUCCGCCACCGUAACCGCAAACAUCUGCGUCUACGCCUCCCCCGAGAAAUCCAAGCCCAUCGCCAUCAUCGUGCCCGCGGAGCCCGCGCUUAAGAAACUCGCGUCCGAGCACGGCAUCUCGGGCGGCUCGCUCGAGGAGCUGGUGCACAGCAAGAAACUCAACGAGCUCGUCCUGCAGCAGAUGCAGCAGGCGGGCAAGAGGGGCGGCUUGGCGGGCAUCGAGAUCAUCGAGGGUGUCGUGUUGGCGGAUGAGGAGUGGACGCCGCAGAAUGGGCUGGUGACGAGCGCGCAGAAGUUGAAUCGGAAGGCGAUACUGGAUAAGUACAAGAAGGAGGUCGAGAAGGCUUAUUCGUCUUCUUAG